CCACAGGUGUAUGGAUACGAUGACUUGCAAAUGCUCCAGACGAGAUUCCCAUUGGAUUACUACAGCAUCCCAUUCCCCACGCCCACCACCCCUCUGACUGGAAGAGAUGGCAGCCUGAGCAGCAACCCAUACUCUGGUGACUUAACAAAAUUUGGCCGAGGUGAUGCCUCCUCCCCUGCUCCUGCAACAACUCUGGCCCAGCCCCAGCAGAGCCAGACCCAGACUCACCAUACCACCCAGCAGACGUUCCUGAACCCAGCGCUGCCUCCAGGCUACAGUUACACCAGUCUGCCCUACUACACAGGGGUCCCAGGGCUGCCCAGCACCUUCCAGUACGGGCCUGCCGUGUUCCCUGUUGCUCCUACCUCUUCCAAGCAGCAUGGUGUGAAUGUCAGCGUCAACGCAUCAGCAACCCCUUUCCAGCAGCCCAGUGGCUAUGGAUCCCAUGGGUACAGCACUGGUGUAUCCGUGACAUCCAGUAACACAGGUGUGCCGGACAUCUCGGGCUCUGUCUACUCCAAAACUCAGCAAUCCUUCGAGAAGCAGGGAUUUCACACUGGAACCCCGGCAGCCUCCUUCAACCUGCCUUCAGCGCUGGGCAGCGGCGGCCCCAUCAACCCCGCGACGGCGGCCGCCUACCCCCCUACCCCCUUCAUGCACAUCCUGACCCCGCAUCAGCAGCCCCACUCACAGAUCCUCCACCACCACCUGCAGCAGGAUGGGCAGCUUCCAUAUUUGCAGAUGAUACUGUGCUGCCAACGCCAGCAGGAAGAUCAG